CGGUCUGAGGGACAGUGAACUGGCCCCCUGUUUAAAAAGUUUGAAGACCCCUGCUCUAAGUGGUUCCAUAUCUCAGGUGCCUGCUGGUCUUUCCCAAGUUGGGACAACCAGUCCCCCCAGGGCUCUGCCUCCCACAGGCCACCAUUAUUUCAGCUCUCUUGCCCCUAAUGGGUUCAAAGAAGCCUUCCUUGUAGCAUACCACAACACGGUUCAUUGUGUCUGAAAUGGUUCAUUGACUGUGUAUGAUCUAACCAGCACUGGAACAUUCUAGAGAAUAUUCAUUUUAACUCUGUUUUAUUAUAAUAUUUUAGAUAUCUAAAGAAAUUUAUUAUAGUAUGUUUUCUGUAGUUAUCUUGGAGACAUUACUUAAUAUUAAUUCUUCUAGGGUCUUGCCUAUCCUUUGGUUCAAAAUUGAAGUUCCCUAUUCAUUUUCUUUUCUUUAAUAAAUGCUACAGAAGAAAAUGUUGCUUAAUAUGAUUUUAGAACUUGAAUAAAGAGAAUAAAGAUUUUUCCAUGUGCAUCAGGGAUUAUAACCAGUUAGGUGGUCUUUUUGAAUAAUAAACUGGUAAUCUGAAGUCCUUGUUGGAAAUAGGGUAUAAUUUGCCAAAAAAAAUGAAAAAGAAUAAUUGGUUUUUCUCUCAAAUACUUGGAACUUAGACAACUGUAUUCUAUCUGAACCAAUUUUGUUAGUGAAAUAUAUGGUUUUAGAAGUUGUUAUUCAAAUAGUCUGAGAACUAGAUAUAUAAAUCACAUUCUACGAAAAAUUCAAAAGGGAAAAUGAAAAAGUGCUUGAAUUUUCUGUAUACCUCAUCAAGAACAAGCAAACAUAUUUGUAGAGUAAACUAUCUUCAUAAUGUGUUUGCAGCCCUGUGACACAGGCUGUCUGCCAAAUAACUAAAAAUAGAUUGCUUUAGAGGACAACGAUUGAGUCCUAUUUAAGCAUUCAUUUAUUUGGAGAGCUUAGUUGCAUAUUUCCUGAAAGGAAUGGAAAAACUCCCAAGCUGCCAAAUAACUUUUAUCCUCAGUUUCUCACAAUUAGCUCCAAAUCACAAAAUGAGAAUGAUAAGAGUAAAAAACUGUUGGGAACAAGAAUAGAAAAAUAGGAAGACCCUACUGUGGCAGUAUCUGGAAAAGGAUUGUGUGUGAAAACCCUUCAAGGUCCUUUAAAGCAAGUGCUGGAAAACGAUUAAACUGGAAAUGUUCCUUUCUUGACAGUGAUUCUGUUUCCAGCUGGGAAACAAAAAUGAUGUCUACUUUUAAGGCAGUACUAUUGAUUUGUUUACACUAUUUAUGGAGAGAAAGUGGAUGUCAAAUCAUCCCCAAACAAAUUAAAUCUACUAUAAAGAUAAGCAGAAUUUAAAAACCAAUGGUUCUUAAAACCAGAGGAAGGUGUUUUCUGAAGUCCCUAAAACUUGAGUUUCAAUCCUACUUCUGCCACUUACUAGCCAUGAGAUUGCUUCAUGUGGAACAAAGUGGUUGUUGUGCAUUUUGGGGUGUUCCUGUUCAUAAAACAAGGCUCUUCUUUCCUCUACUGAAAGUCAUAGGAUGGGGGCUCUAGGAGAAAUACAAGUUUAGAGAAGGGACACCCAAGAGGAGGGGAGCCUGCUAUUUCACUCUCAAGUUGGAAACCUGCUCAGACAACUUGCUGAAGGGCUCCCUCAUGCUAUCCAAAUAGGGGGAAAGAGAAUUGGAAAGCAGUGGGGUAGUGAGGGAGAAGCCCAGGACAGCUACCGUUCCCUCUUUCUUGGUGGAGUGAAGAUGGCACCACAGGCUUGUCACCACGACCUCAGAGGAUGGGGUGCAAGUAGAGGACAUUAGAGGAUGCUGCAUUGAUGGGAGACAUGAGGACAGGUGGCCAAAUGCCAAUGGGUACAAAAAGUGCUUGGGAAUGAGCCCUGGUACAAAGGGCAUGCCACAGACCCAGAGUGAGGCCUGCAGUUGAGGCCAAGAGAGCAGAACUGGCCUCUUCCUCCUCUCCAGUUAACUGGAAAGAUCUUUCCUGUUCUUCACUUCUCCCCACUCCCAAGGCACCAAAGGAGCUGGCACCUAGAAAAAAGAAGAAGUGGGAAGCAUGUGAAGAACAUGCUGCCCUUCCGCCUCCAGCUGCUUGGUGGACCAGACAGAGUCAUGCCUUGUGCCCUGAGAGUGAGGAGAAGCCAGGAGCUGUGCGCAUGAUCAGAGAUUACAAGUAGAAAGGGGGUUGGCCUGAGUUGCUUUGAAAACUCUUUACGGAAGUAUAACAUAAAUACAGAGAAGUGCACAAAUCCUAAGUGAACAGCUGGAUGAAUUUUUGCAAAGUGAACACAGUCAGGAACCAGCACCCAAAAGCAACAAACUUCCUAUUAUUGCAUGGCCUCCACCAGGUCCUCCUCCAGCCUACCCCUGCCCCUCCUCGGGAUACUUUUGUCUCCUGACACCCAAGACUGCUGGGCUGAUCGAUCUCCACUUCAUGAAGCUGCGGCUCAGGGACGCUUACUGGCCCUUAAAACUCUAAUCGCACAAGGUGUCAAUGUGAACCUGGUGACAAUUAACCGGGUCUCUUCUCUCCACGAGGCGUGCCUUGGAGGUCACGUGGCCUGUGCUAAAGCCUUAUUGGAAAAUGGUGCACAUGUCAAUGGAGUGACGGUUCACGGAGCCACGCCCCUCUUCAAUGCUUGCUGUAGUGGCAGUGCUGCGUGUGUCAAUGUACUGCUGGAGUUUGGAGCCCAGGCCCAGCUCGAGGUGCACCUGGCUUCACCCAUCCAUGAGGCAGUGAAGAGAGGUCACAGAGAGUGCAUGGAGAUUCUGCUGGCAAAUAAUGUUAACAUUGACCAAGAGGUGCCUCAGCUCGGAACCCCCCUGUAUGUGGCCUGCACCUACCAGAGGGUAGACUGUGUGAAGAAACUUCUGGAAUUAGGAGCCAGUAUUGAUCACGGCCAAUGGCUGGACACCCCCCUGCACGCCGCAGCGAGGCAGUCCAGCGUGGAGGUCAUCCACCUGCUGACCGACUAUGGGGCUAACCUGAAGCUCAGAAAUGCUCAGGGCAAACGUGCACUUGAUCUGGCGGCUCCAAAAAGCAGUGUGGAGCAGGCACUUCUGCUCUGUGAAGGUAACCAAGGGCUGGGUGUCUUAUCCCCUUCCAUAAACACACUAUCUCUCCCUCCUGUCUCAUCCCUAGCAUUUUGUCCUUUUCUUUUUCUUUUUAAUUGACGGUGGCAUAGUGGGAGGUGGCAAGGCUUGCCAUCAUUGACAUGACCUCAGGGAUUUUACAUGUUGUGGUUUUAAGUAUUCACUUAUAACCAAAGGGCAUUUACAUACAACCCGAGUGUUGCCUUGUAUUUUCCAUAACAAGGAAAUAACCAGCAAGGCUUGUUUUUACCGUGAAAAUGUUGAACUGCCACAUCUAUCUGGGCAUAAGCACACGAUUGAACAAACUUAAACUCUGCUUUGUAAUAUCGGGAGGCAAUCCAAGUGCAAAUUCGAAAGACUUGUGUUAGAGGAGGUGAAGGGACAUAGGGUAUGUAUUUCAAAAACCCCACUAAAUAGUGAGGUUAUUUGCCUGUUCUCCAGAAUGGGAGUAGGUGGGUUCGCCUUUCUCAUUGCCGCAGUUCCAAUUCCACCAUGGGCAUUAACAGCAACUAUAGAUGCCAGAGGAAAAAGGUGAGCUUCUCAAAUGCUUCAUAUCCAAAAUUUGAAAGACAAUCAUAUUAUAUCCCUACAGCAAGAGAACAUUUUCUGAGCCCAUAUUGAUCAUUUGUAUGCUUGGGAGAAUAUUAAAGAUCAUUGUAAUUAUUUAGUUUUACAUGUGCCAGGCACCGAGCUAAAUUUGAAAGAGAUUAAUCUCACUGAAUUUUUAAAACUGUAAAGCAGCAAGAACUUUAUACAGUAGUAGCUGAUGCUGUGCAUAGACAGAUUGGCUAGCAGAAGGUCACACAGCUACUCAGAAGUAGAACUAGGUCAGAUUUUAACCAACCUGUCUGACCCCAGAAUGUACACUGUUAAUGUGACAAGGCCCCAAUCUUGAAUCUUCUAAAAUGGUUUCCAGUGGGGAGAGGUCUCAUUUCACUCACCAGUUACAUUUAGUGAAACCGCCCCCAUAUCUUAAGUGGAAUGCUUGGUUUAAUCAUUUUAGGAACAGUCUCUCUAAAUCAGUGCUUCUUAAGCUUUAACACGCAUAUCAGUCACCUGGGGAUUUCCUUGAAAUGCAGAUUCUGAUGCAUAAGAUCUGGGGUGAGGCCCGAGACUGUGCACAUCUCGCAGGCUCCCAGGUGCUGCUGCUGCUGCUGGUCUAAGGACCACACUUUGGGAACCACUGGUCUAGAUUAUUUCCUAUAGUCUAGAUCAUUAAUGAUUGCUCUUUGAUUUGAAUCUCCACCAGAAGAAUUAUGAUCUUCCUUACCAGAUCCCAGUUUGGAAAUAUCAGGUACUUUCCAACCGUUAGCUGAGAAUAUAGCUUAUAGCAAUUUUCACAUUUCCUGUUUUCUUCCAUCAAAAAUGUUUCCAGAUCUAGGAUUUGCAUUCCAUAUAAGCAAGCUCCUCUGUCCUUUGUCAUCAUAAAUAUAGCCACUCGCUCUAGAAGGAUGAAUACUAGAUACAUCAGAAUUCACUCUGGCAUCUGAACUUCUCUCGACAAACUGGACAAUUUGCCUGCAUUACAGUUUUUUCAUAGGAGAUUAAGUUGGACAACAGGUAGAGACACUUUCCAUUGUCACUUCCCAAGAUUUUAACUAACGAUGAUUCUUUGGUCCUCCAGGUAGCUUUCUAUCACACGGAUGCUCUUGGCAGUGUCAAUUCAAAUGUCACCUGGCUAUUUGUACAUGCAGUUUACCAUUUUUCAUGGAGUAUAAGAUGAUGUUACAGUAGGAUUUUCUUGAAAAGGAAAACUUUGUACAGGCCAGCAAUUAAAUCUAAUUGAGGAGAUCUUUGUUGAUACAGUCAGGUUAGAAAAUAAUGGAAUAUUAUGAAUGUCUCUAUAUAGCUAGCAUUCCAGCCAAAAGCUCAUUCAUCCUAUCCAACCAUAUUUUAGACUCUCAUCAGCUUGUUUUCCUUAAGGAUUCAAAGCCACUCAAAGCCAUGGGCAUGAUGACUCCAUAAGAUUUCAUGACACUGAGGUUCAGGGUAACCAAGUGAGUUGAGUUCUUUCUGUAGAUCUCUAUUGAGUUGGGAUCUUGCAAGAAUGGAGAGCCCCUCCAGGUGUGAGUUGGGAUGCAGUCAGCACCACCUCAUGAGUAUCUUGAGCCAGGAAGUCCAGGAAGACUUUGAGGGGUGAGCAUCUGGCCCCUGGUACAUUUCUUAACACUGCCUCUGUGACCACAUGGGUGCAGCUUCCUGCUGAUAUCUUCUCUGCAAUUGUCCCCUGUUCUGCAGCUCUGCCUUGGAAUCCUGCAUACUCAGUACUUCUAUUUGCAUGUUUUCCUAGGCCCAUUUGCAUGUUUCACUUUCAUGGGCACAUGCAACACAUCAAUGAGGUGCAUUCCCUUUAGACCUCACAUGUCAUUCCUAACGUGCCUCUAAUUCUUCAAUAUUGGUAAUAUAAAUGCCAUUGGAAGAUCAACCCAAAGAAAUACAUCCCCUUCAAAGGGGCUUAUCAGGAUCCUCUGUCUGUGUUUAGUGUCUGCUACCUCAUUAUAUGAUUCCUAUAUAGAUCAAGCUUUUCUUCUGCUUUUAAAAAGUUUUGGCCUUGGGUAGUAUAGACAUUUUAACAAUGUUGAUUCUG